CUGACAAUACGACAUAGAGUCCCUCAAGGAAGAGGCACCUUCAGCAUGGCCCAUAAAAGCCAAGCUGGUGGAAUUGAGAAAAAUGGGUCACUGUCCUCCAUCCUCUAUUGUAAGAAUGAUUUAAAGGAAGGAUCCCUGCAGUGGGUAAAAGAACCCCUCGAUGGCCAGGUGCUCAUGGUGCUCAGCAUGGACAACUGCUCAGCCAUCUCCUUUGACAUGGAGCUUUGUGCAGAGAAACUGAAGUCCCUUGGGGUUCAGGUGGCAGCGGAUCAGUGGAGAAGGUUAAUCCAGGAUGCUGUCCUGAAGCCUGAAGUGAGACGGUACAUGUUCUACAACUCCAGAGCGUUCCAGAUAGCCAUCGCUGUGAUUUUCUACAUGUCUCUCUGGACAAACAUUUACUCCACAGUCCAGCUGUGUUCCUUCGGACGCUACUGGGAGGCCAGCGUGCUGGUGACCCUGGCUGCCGUAGCAGCCACUGUAGUGGUGAUACUGGUUAUCGACUGCCGCCAGAGGAAGAUAAAUAUGAAUACAGAUGUGAGGCUGGCAGCUGUCAACGAAAUCUUUAUCAAACACAGUUUAAUACUGGGCAUUACAGAUGCCCUGGAGGGGCCACACAACAUCCUACAACUGUGGUUCGUGCACUUCAACCCGGAGCGCUGCCUCCAGUCCUUGUCAGGCCACAUCAUGGACCUGCAGAGGACGCAAGAGUCUGGUUUGCGGCACAGCCUGGACCAGCUCUGUGUGGUUAUGGAGGUGACGGUUCAGCCCAACCUGGGGAUGGAGGAGAAGACUUUGCGUGAAGAGUCCCCUCUUUUAUCCAGCAGGGUGAACCUAAAUAAAGAGCCUGUGACAUGCAACGAGCUGCUCCGCCUCGUGCCUGAGGGCCCACCAGAGGUGAUGGCCCAGCAGCUCCUGGUGAUCUUCAGUGGAUGCUACGUCCGGCUCCUGGUCACUGGCCGGCUCCCUCGGGCCGUGGCAGAGGGGCACCUGGAGAACAGCAGCGUGCCCUGUCUCUGCCAGUUUAUUGAGACCACCGCGCUCAACACACACCACAGCUGGUUCACGGGCAGGUGA